GCAAAAAAAUAUUACUGAGCUCAGUGAAUCAUAUAAGAACAAAAUUUGUGAGGAUGCUGGUAUUGACAGUGACAGGAACUUUAGCAGCCAUGUUAGCGCUCAUUAGUUACUUCAAGUUGAAGUCUAUGAGACUUGUCGACAGAGUAAAAUUACAAAUGGCGAUACAUACAAAGCUGAGGAUUCCACAAUUACUUCAAAUAACCGGACUAGAUACACGGAUGAAGCCUAAACUAACCCAAUUCACGGCUUCGAAUGGUUUUAAAAUUUUACUGCCUGCACCGUUUACUGUUGCAGUUAAUGAAGUUUUGAAAUUCAAAGUAAGAGAAGACGACGUUUUCAUCGUUACUUAUCCCAAGGCAGGAACGACUUGGACGCAAGAAAUUGUGUGGUUGCUAUGCAAUGAUGGAAAUAUAGAAGAAGCAAAUAAACAAUUGCUUACAUUGAGAAGUCCGUUUCUGGAGAUAGUGGAUUGUCACCUUCGCAAUGGAAUUCAAUCUUUAGAAAAUUGGUCAAAAAGUAGCCAAAGAGUGAUAAAGACUCAUCUUCCGUACGAACUGCUACCAGAAGACAUUAGGAAGGGGAAGAAAUGCAAAAUUAUUUAUGUAGCAAGAAAUCCAAAGGACCUAUGCGUUUCAUACUAUCAAUUUCAUCGCUUGGCCAAAAGAAUGCCAGACCCUGGAACGUGGCCAGAAUUCUUCACAAAUUUCUGCUCACGCAAAGUAGGAUUUGGAGAUUGGUUUGACCAUACGCUGAAAUUUUGGGAGAAAUAUCAAGAAGACAAGGAAAGAAUAUAUUUCGUAACUUACGAGGAUUUGAAGAAAGAUCUUAGAAAAGAAGUUGAAUCAAUAUCAAAAUUUAUUGAAAAAAAUUUUUCGGAACAACAACUUGACGCUAUUUCUGAACAUUGUACAUUUGACAGCAUGAGCAAAAAUAAAAGUAUAAAUAUGUCAAGCCACCCAAAUUUCAUGGAUUUGACAAAGUCAAAAUUUAUGAGAAAGGGACAAGUUGGUGAUUGGAAAAAUCAUUUCACAAUAAAUCAAAGCUUGGCUUUUGAUGAGUUGUAUCAAGAAAAAAUCAAAGGAACAAGAUUCAAUAUUUUCUUCGGAAAUUGAAUUUUAAGUAAUGAUUAUUAUUCGUUGUUAUUGGACACGUAGUGGACAUAACGAUCAUUUUGCAUUUUAUGCUGGCUUAUAGAAUCGCUUUUCUCUCCGAAUACUGGACCAAUUGCUCUGAAAUCUUUAGUGCUUAAUGAUAACAUUUUUCUUUAAACGGCUAUUACCGUAUUUCCCGGCGAAUAAGUCUACCCGGUAAAUAAGAGGAGGCCGUUUUUAAGACUGAAAAAAAAUUGGUUUUUGCAUUUUACCUGCCAAUAAGACGGGGUAGUAUAAUCGCAUCAACUCAAGUUAUCAUGCAAAGAUUUUUGUGCGGUCGUCGCGUUUGCGCAUUGGUUAAUAUAGCCUAUAAUGACUUUUCUUGUGUCAUAAUAUUCAAUCCGCAACAACUACGGGAAUUUAAACUGUCUUUCAAUUUCAAUCUAAUUAUGUUCAACGUAACUCGCGAUUGAGUCCACCAUUUAUGAACUUCACCGAUCUAAAAUAACACGGCAAUCUUCGGACAUAAUAACGUGGGGUAAACUACCUGAUUAUAUUUAGUUUUUAUAAAUAAAUAUACAUAUAAAGUGUAUAUAUAAAACAUACAUAUCCAUCACCUCGACAUCUCCACGAAACUAAAUGUGGUGCUUCAUUUAAUUGUGAUCAAUUUAUUCUGUGAUUGCUACAAUAUAAAUACUAUCACUGCUGCAAAUUACCAGCGCAAUCCGUGGACAUAAACAUGUACGAUUAUAUGUUGUUUUGGUUCGGAUUUUCACAAAUUGCAAUCCCACGUGUAUCGGUAUUUGCCCUUCACUCGUGACGAACACACUAAUGCGGCAACUUUAAAUAUGAUAAUCACAGCAUUGAAAUUCCAGAUUCUAUUUGAACUAACCUGAUGAGGACGUGGAGGAUGCUAUCGCCGAAAGUAUUUUAUGGUCCGAAUUGAAUAAUAAGGAACCCCAAAAAAUAUAAAUUAUCAUACUCGCCUAAUAAGACGACCCCCCCCCCAAAAAAAAAAAAAAAACAGGCCAAAAUUUGGGUCUAGAAAAGCGACUUAUUCGCCGGGAAAUACGGUAGGCUACUUUCAUUUACUUUAAACGUGUCCAUAUAUUUGAGCAUAGCUCUCUUGUUAUUUGUAAAUAAAUAUAAAAGUUAAAAUAUUUACACAUCAUUGUAGGCAUGUCUUGUAACCCGUGAAGAUAGAAGAGGCUACAUCCAAGGCGUGAGCCGCAUGCACUAUUAGAAAGGCAAUUGCUAGAUAAUGGUAUAAUCUAAGAAUGUCAAAAUCAUUAUCAUGUCUUAUUGUACCCGUAAUAAAGGAGAGUGGUUCUCU